CCUGAUCAUCUGACUCGACGCACUCAAAUCGAAAGUAAAAUAUACAAGUGAAAGUAAAGUUGAUCCGGGGACAUUUUACGAACACGAGCGAAACAUUUAUAUUUAUUCCGAUUUAUGGCUAAAGGACAUGAUUGAUUUGAUUUAAUGUUAGAUUUGAAGAUGCGCGGAUCGAGCUGUGUUUUGAUGUCAGUGCUGCUGAUGAUCGCCGAUGGUUUGAUUGUAAAAGGUCCCUCUGGUCCUCUGGUUGCUCCUCUGGGAUCCUCCGUGGUUUUGCCCUGUUCUGUUCAUGAACUUUUAUCAGUGAAGGAUCUGGAGGUGGAAUGGAGAAGAACAGACUCUGAGACUUUAGUUCAUCUGUAUCAGGACGGUGAGAGUCGAACAGAAUCCCAGCAGCAGGAUUAUCAGGAUAGAGCUCAUUUCUUCACUGAUCAGAUUCAACAUGGAAACUUCUCCCUCCGUCUGGAUGAUCUGAGAGCUGAAGAUGAGGGACAGUAUAAAUGUAAAGUUUACAUACAGCAAGAGUCUGGUGAGACUGUGGUUCAAAUAAAAGUUAAUGCUGAGCGUUUGAGAGUAUCAGGAACGAGUCGCUCCAUAUCUGCAUCUGUGGGUGAAGACGUCACUUUGAACUGCUCUGUAGACUCUCACAUCCCACCUGGAGACUUUGAAGAGGUUACAUGGACGAAAACAGAUGAAGAUAUUCAGGUUCUGCUCUACCAAGACAAUGAGGCACAUUCAUCAAAUGAGCGAUACAGAGACAGAGUUGAGCUCUUCCCUUCUGAAAUCCCCAAAGGAAACUUCUCUCUCAGACUGAAGAGCGUCAGAACUGAGGAUAAAGGAGUUUACAUGUGUCAAGUGUUUGCCGGAGGACUCUCAGCCAAUGCAACUGUAGUACUGGACCAACUAGGUUUCUCAGUUGUACACAUAAUGAUGCUGAUUCUCUGUAUUUCUGCAUCUGGAUCUGGACUGCUGCUCUUCUGCCUGAUCUACUGCAGAUCUCCCACUAAAG